GCGUGUCAGCGCGCGCGUGCGAGGGCGAGAGAAAUAUAGAAACGCCACUCCAGUCACUCUCAGUUGGAAUAAUAAGGCGGCCUUGUUUACCAAAGACAGGGGCUGGCCAUAGUCUGACCUGUAAGCCCAAACUUUUCUUUACUUCCAUUUCCUCCUGCUCAUCAGACUUCCAGGAGUCUAGCGCGCUCCGAAGCGCCGAGCGACCAAGGUCAACUGCGGUGGCCGCCCGGGGAGCUGAGCUGUCAGAGAGGCGCCGAGCCGCCGCGGACCCCGGCAGCUCGCCGAGCAAGUACCGGGAGCUGGAGCGAGAGAGAGUGGACGGGCUGAAGGGACGGAAGCUGGCGGAGGACUGAGAAGAACCGAGCGGCAAGAUGUCUGUGAACCCGGGGACGUACGCCAACAAGAAGAGGAAGAAGCCCGUCCUGAAGCAGAAGAAGAUGGCUGACAGCAAUGAAGUUGUUAAAUCAAACCCUUCAAAGCGCCACCGGGAUCGGCUAAACGGGGAGCUGGACAGGCUGAUGGAGCUCCUGCCCUUCCCUGAUGAGAUUCGCUCCCGUCUGGACAAACUCUCGGUUCUGCGCCUCAGCGUGGGAUACCUGAGGGUCAAGAGCUACUUUAAAGCUUCCAUGAAGAACAGUAAUGGUAGUCGGGUGGCUCCUGGAGUCAACGGGCAGAAUAUGGACUCAUUCAGCUUCUCUGAAGGAGAGCUGCUGCUCCAGGCGCUGAACGGCUUUGUGCUGGUGGUCACGUCUGAAGGAAUGGUCUUCUACGCCUCUCCUACGAUCAAAGAUUACCUGGGCUUCCAUCAGUCAGACGUGGUCCAUCAGAGCGUGUUUGAGCUCAUCCACACUGAUGACCGAGCGAUGUUCAGAGAGCAGCUCCAUUUUGCUUUAAACCCUCCUCCAGUCGCCUCAGAUGCAGAAUUCUCUCAGGGCUGUGCUAAAGCAGUGAUGUACAACCCUGAGCAGCUCCCACCGGACAGCUCAUCCUUCCUGGAGAGAAGCUUUGUGUGUCGCUUCCGAUGUCUCCUGGACAACUCCUCCGGCUUCCUGGCACUGAAGUUCCACGGGCGACUAAAGUACCUCCAAGGCCAGAACCUUUGCAAGGACAGUGAGACAUGUAAAAAGGUUCAGCUGGCUCUGUUUGCCAUCGCCAUGCCUGUCCAGCCUCCAUCCAUCGUGGAGAUCAGAGCCAAAAUGCUUCUCUUCCAAACCAGGCACAAGCUGGACUUCACACCAACAGGCGUUGAUACCAGGGGGAAAGCCAUUCUGGGUUACACCGAGAUUGAACUGUGUAUGAAAGGCUCGGGCUACCAGUUCAUCCAUGCUGCCGACAUGAUGUACUGCGCUGACAACCACAUCCGCAUGAUCAAAACCGGAGAGAGCGGCCUGACUGUGUUCAGACUCCUCAGCAAAUCCAACGGCUGGGUGUGGGUCAAGUCCAACGCCAAGCUCAUCUACAAAGAAGAGAGACCCGAGUUCAUCAUUGCAUUCCAGAAAGCCUUGACCAAUGCGGAGGGAGAGGAGUACCUGCGGCAGCGACGACUCCAGCUGCCCUUCAGCUGUGCCACGGGAGAGGCCAUCCUCUACAACACAGGCCCCACCAUGGACAUCUCACAGCUUAAGUUUAACAAAAUGUUCGAAAGCGAGGACACCAAGAAGGACAUGCUCCCCACCUCUUUGCUGGACUGUUUCCUGAGACAUGAUGAAACCAUCUACACCCAGACGGUGGAUACCCCCCUACCUGUGGACCGCGUGUUCAUGGACAGCCACGCCCUGGUCAGCGUUGGCAGCAACGAGUGGCAAGAGAGCAACUCAGCAGCUGGCCCCAUGCUGGUGAAGGAGGAGACCAAACAGUCAGUGGUAGCUGUGAUCGACAGCCUGGAGAAGCUGACGCAGGGCGGGGAGUUUGAGGAUGUUUUGGGGAACCUGGACAUCGACGAUGCUGAGCUGAUGGAGUGGGAGAGCUGCUUUAAGAGAUUACACCAGGAAGAGGAUCCGCAGAGGAGCGCCGGGUCCGAUCUGGACAACUUCAUCACCGAUGAGAUAGUGGACUUUAUUGACUCCGUGUUCAAGGAGAGGGGGGAGGGCUGUCUGAACAGCCUCACCUCCGGCUGCCUGAAAGAACUCAACAUGUCUUCAUCUGAGCUGUGUGAGCCGCAACUGUUUCAGACUCAGAGCCCCGAUUGUUCCUACUCCCCGGCGAACGGCUGCUACGCCCGCGCCGGAGAAACACUCAACAGAGAGUCUGCUCCCAUAGCCAGCCGGAACCAGAAAGUCUCCCACCAGGGCUCUCCCAUUGACAGCAGUAUGCCACCUCUUCAGCAGCUGCAGCUGCAGGACAUUUUCAGCCCUGCUAUUGAGCUGCCACAGCUCUCUGUACCCAACAUCUCAGUCAACGCUUCCUUCCCUGCUAAUCUGUCCUGCCAUCAGGUGUCCAUCGGGCCAGCAAGCUCCUCUCAGAGUGGUUAUGGUCAGGCUCAGCAGCUUGUGCAGCCUGGAAGCCAUCUGGGUGCGCCUGGACUAACAGGAGCUGGGCGCACGCUGCAAAGUUCUGCUCCUCAUAUGAGCAGCACAGCGCCUGGCGUAAAAAACCUUCUGCCACCCAAGAGUUCCCAUAGUUCAGUCCCCUCCACCGUUACUGCCGGCUACCACCCAGAGUUCCUGCAGAAGGGUGUGAUGUUUGAAAACUACAGCGCUCCUCUUCAGCAGAGGCUGCCACAUGCUGGCAUGGUGCAGAACGGACACGACCCAAUGGGCACAGCCCAGAGCCAACAUGUGGGGAACCAAACGUUCCCACACGCGAGCUUCUGUCCAAGCAGUGUCAGCAGACAGAAGCAGAUGGAGCUGGGGGGGCCGGCAGGCAGCCAGGCAGCCCCUAGCAGUAGCUGCAUGUUCGAACAACACUUCCCCUCCCUCCCAGCAGGGGGAAACAUUCUGUCUCAGUGUGGGGCCCCAGACUUCAACGGGGCUAACGUUUCUCUGGGUCCCAGUCCUCACCAAGCGUCCUGCUACAGCCAGUGGAGCAGCAGUGAGCUUCCAAUGGGCACAUCAGCCAUCAACCAGGAGAUCGCCACCAUCAGGCCACUGACUGCGGCCCCAAGCAUGGCCCCCGCAGAAGACUCCUGCGCCAUGCACCACUACCUGGACAACAACCUACAGACACAGCAGAGCAGCAGAGUCUCCAGUCAGGGCCGGGGGCUUUUCAUCAGUCCUGCCCUCAUGAAGUAGAGCCAAGCCUCGUCCUUCAACCGCAGGAGGACCCAACCUCAGCAUAGUUUGCCUGUAUCAGCGCUUCUCCACACUGCUUAUCUUCCACUAUUAUGUCUUUUCUAUUUCUUUGUACAAUUAUGCAUACGCUGUUCUUUCUGCUUGUCAGCUAUUGCUUUAGUGACCAUGUACAGCAGUAACAAUGAAGUAUGAAUUAACAAGUGCGUUUACCGGCAUGCAGAUGGAGUCAACCAAAACUGUUUCACAAGGGAAAGCUGAGCUCCUCCCAGCUCAUCUGCACGGCAUGUUUCUAAAGCAAUCACUAAAGUUCUUCUUAAAGAGUUUGUCAUCUGUUUUAAAAAAUACUGAGCUGUGCCUUCAAGCAAAAGACACCAGAUGAAACCUGUACAUUUGAAAUGAAACCUUCAAACUGGUUGAUGUAAUUAUAUAUUUAUUUUUGUUUUUUUAAAGUGCCUUUUCUAGGUUGAUUUGUUACAUGAGAAUGUCUGCUUUAGCUCUUGAAACCCCACACGCGUACAAUGCACCAGCGUACGUUCAUUUGUAUGUGUGCAGUAUAUAGAAAUGCACUCCUGGGGAAAAUGUUUCUACACACAUCUGUCUGCGCCUUCCUUUAAGUGCCUUCUGCGGUCUCUUUGGGUAGAUCGGAGGCUCGGUCACAUGCUCCUCUGCAACAAGCUAAUAACCAAAGCUCCAGUCCAAACGCACACUCCCAAACACUGUCCCCUUCCACGCCCGUGUCCCUUCACACCAUGACAGCAGUAUGUGGGAAACCUGAAACCACUCAGAAAACAGACAGCGGACACUCAGCCUGCAGGUUCCACCAUCAGCUGCUUUAAAUGCACGUUUUCCUUUCAUGCACACAAUUAUGGGUUAAGGCAUAUUAGAUGGCAGUAGAUAGUAAAGGCAUAGUAGAUGCUUUAGCUGAAGGAAAUGAUUGAACAGCAUAUAACGAGCUGGCUGUUCUUGCCUUAUAUUUACAGAACAAGUCACCGCCACUGUCUGCUGUCACCUGAACUGAUCUUUUUUGGAUGGUUCUUAAAUUGUAAUACCAAACUCAACCACUGGGUGCCGCAUUCUGAAUAGUUUUGGCACCCACUGUUCCCCAGUCAAUCUACAGUCAAAUAUAUGUGGAUGAAUGCAUCAGUGCGGUGCUGAACAUCCUUGUGGAAGUAAUCACAGGGUUCAAGAAUUCGGAAACUGUUGAAAACCCAGUAGGAGGCAGAAAAAUAUCUUUCUUCCUUUUUUUGCAAUUUAAUGGAAGCAAGGUGCUCAGCUCCUGUGGCUGUAACACAAGCCCAGAUCAUCAGCCCUCCACCUCUGUGCUUGUGAGUUGGAAUGAGAUGUUUGUACUUUGCAAACCUAGAUUUGCAUUAGGUUUAGAGAACAGAGGCUUUCUUCUUCACUCCUUCUAUUCAAGCCAUGCUUGCUCAAUCUCCUUCUGAAGUUCUCUGCAGAGGUUCUUCAUGCUAACUGAAGCUGGUAGAGCCUGAAAGGCAACUCUUUGCCCGGUCCCAGCAUUACGGAGUUUGAAACUUUGACUUUGCUGCAAGAUUCACUACCGGAGCGAAAGGCAAGAUCUUAAAGGUUUUCUAGAAAAACCUGUCGGAGUGCAGAAGGAUAAAUGGAAAAGCAAAGCUCUCCAUGCCAUUGCUGGAAACUGAGACAAAGAGCUGCUUUUAAACCCUACCUUUGUAUCUGUGGACUCUGUUCACAGUAGAGUUGUGCUGUGGCCCAGAAUGAACACGUGGGAGUCCAUUUACAACACUUGCACUUAUGAAAGGUCCUGACAGCCUUAGAAAUGCAGUCAAUGUUCUCAGCAGACAUCAGAAGAACUGUUACAGCGCAGUUUUAAAAGAACAGCAACAAGAUCCUUUGUUCAUGGGAAUGCUAGCCUCAUCAAUGCUACGUCUGCUGCAAAGCGCCAUCCGUUUGUUGACAGUAGCUUAAGAGGCUGACUGAUGAAUGUGAGACUGGCUCAGACUUGUGAUUCAGACACAGAUCCAACACAUUCACAGCAAAGACGCACCCAGACCUGUGGCCUGUGCCUCCAGAUAACUUCCAGCAUUCUGCAGAGAUGCCAUGCUGGCUGUGCCUACAAGCACAAACUCUUGUUCGGUCCAGCAGGACAGAAAAAUAAAGUGUUGUUGUGGCCCACGUAAAGAAAGUGAGAAUGUGACAACAGUGCUUUCAGAUCUGUUUCUUUGCUUCCUCUUUAGCUUUUAAAAAAAAUUCUUCACACUACAGAGAAACGUGGGGGGUUUCAAUAAACUGAGCAAGACCUGCAUUAACAUGGCAGCUUCAUGGAUUCCUGCUGUGCUGCAGGAAACCACUCAGUAUUUAAACUUGUGUCUCAACCAUGUAUAUCAAGUUGUUUAUUCUAAUGCAAGCAAUUGAAAUUAGAAUUUGUGUUCAGUGAUAACCUAAAAAUCCAACAGAGGCUUUCUUUCUUGUUGGAGAUGUGUCUGCUCCGCCUGCAGGGGGAGCCCAGCUGUGGGACUCUGGUCCAGAUGUGGAAAGACUGUAGCCACUAUGAAAAACUAGGAGCCAAAUGUUUGAUUCAGAGCCAUGUUGAUGAGCAGACAUGGGCUUUGACAGCUGCCAUAUUUCUGCUCUUGUAUUAGAAAAGGAAAGAGAAAUGUCAUUUACUUUUAUCUAACCAAGUACUUAAACUAUAUCUUUAUAAUAAUAUAACAUGACUUUGUAUACUGUUAUAUGCUUUUUCAUAAACAUGUGCAAUCAAUCA